AUGUGACCAACACUCAGCCAUCUUGUGGAAAACGAAGAGAGAGAGAGAGCCCAGAAAGAGCCACACAACUCGCAUACAAACCUUGUGCUGUCAGAUCAAGCAGAGAACUUGAAGGAAGAAUGGCUGAAACCCAGACACUUAACUUUGGACCAGAAUGGCUCCGUGCCUUGUCUGGAGGUGGUGGCAGUGGUGGUAGUGGAGGCGGCGGCUGUGGGAUUGCCUCUCCACCCCUCUCACCUGCAUUGCCAAAGUAUAAACUUGCAGACUAUCGCUACGGAAGAGAAGAAAUGUUAGCACUUUAUGUAAAGGAUAACAAGAUCCCUAUAGACCUACACGAUAAGGAGUUCCUGCCCAUAUUGCAAGAGGAGCCCUUGCCGCCUCUGGCACUCGUGUCUUUUACAGAGGAGGAACAGAGAAAUUUUUCCAUGUCUGUAAACAGUGCAGCUGUACUUCGGCUGACAGGGCGAGGAGGCGGUCCGAUAGUAGGGGCACCAAGAGGCCGAAGUACCUCAAGGGGUAGAGGCCGGGGAAGAGGAGAUGGAGGGUUUUACCAAAGAAGUUUUGAUGAUGUGGAAGGUUUUGGUCGUGGAGGGAGGGAGAUGCAUCGCUCCCAAAGCUGGGAAGAAAGGGGAGAAAGGCGAUUUGAAAAGCCAGGUCGAAAAGACCCAGUGGAAGUUGCUCCGGGACACUUUCCGAUGAAUCACAUCCGGAGCAACUAUGAGGAUGCUCUACCAGGUCUACCGAGGAAGCACGACUUCACGCGUUCAGAGAGUGAGAACUGGCGUUCUUCUCAGAAUGGUGAGGAUGAUGAGGGGGGCUGGCGCGUGGCGGGGUCUCGACGGGACGGUGAUCGGUGGUGCCCCCCGAGCCCAGAUGGGCCUCGGUCAGCAGGAUGGCGGGAACACCCAGAUCAGCGCCGCCGCUUUCCAUUUGAUGCAAGAGAAGACGAGCGCGGCUACAGGAGGCCUCGGUCAGGCAGUGGCAGCCUGGAGGAUGAGAGAGACAGCCUGCCAGAGUGGUGUCUGGAGGACGCAGACGAGGAGGCGGGCACCUUCGACUCAUCAGGGGCCUUUCUCUCGCUCAAGAAAUCCUCCAAGGAGCCAAUCCUGGAGGAGGCAGAGCUCGACUUCAAACCCUUGGAAGAAUGUGAAGAGGGCUUGGAGGACGAUGACUGUCAGCCCAGGGAGACCAAAGAAAUGGAAACGGAGGCAGAACGAAAAGAGUUUUCAAGAGCAUCAGAGGAAGCUUUACCUGUGGCUCCACCUGUUGCUCCUCCAGUCUCAGAGCCCCAGAUUCCUGUCCAGUCUCUGUCCCUGAGCCAACCCAACAGAACAGAAGAGUCUGAGAGGCCGGCUGAGCGGCAGCCACCCCUGGACCUUCCACCGGAGCCCUGCAAAGUCCCCCUGCAUGUCCCCACAUCCCGAACCAUGAACCACAUUUCUACCACCCAUGCAGAAGUUUCUGCUCCAUCGCCCAGCGUACAGCUACCACAAAAGCCCAUGGAGGUUUCUGUGGCGAUGAACAAUCCUUUGCCCUUCUCUUCAAGUAUAAUGGCACCAAUUGGCAGGCCCACUGCUGUGCCACACGACACAGACGAAGAUGAGGGACUGAAACACUUUGAGCAGGAGGCAGAAAAGAUGGUAGCGUACCUACAGGAUAGUGUGGUGGAUGAUGACAGACUUACAGCAAAGACUUCAGAGAAGCCUAAACCUGCAGGCCUGCCGCUCACCCACGAGGCUGCUCUCAAGUGGUUUUACAAAGACCCACAAGGGGAGAUACAGGGUCCAUUCAGUAACCAGGAGAUGGCUGAGUGGUUCCAGGCUGGUUACUUCACAAUGUCUCUCCUAGUCAAAAGAGGGUGUGACGAAGUAUUCCAAGCACUUGGAGAGAUCAUGAAGAUAUGGGGGAGAGUACCAUUCACUCCAGGACCUGCACCACCACCUCUACAGGGUGAUGGUGAUCAAGAAAGGUUGAAGAGGCAGCAAGAGCUCACUGCUCUCAACCUUUACCAGUUACAGCAGCUUCAAUAUCAAUACCUCCUCAGGCAGCAGUAUGCUCAGGCCCUGGCCCAGCAGAAAGCUGCAGCUCUUAGCUCAGCUCCUCUUCAACAGCAGCAACAACACCAACAGCAGAUCAACCUGCUUCUACAGCAAUACCAGGCUCUCAAGCUAAGAGCGUCAGAGAGUCUCCUACCUCCUGUCACCCGGGCCCUGUCUGUACCAGACUCUGGUUCUGUUUGGGAAAUGCAGAACCCGUCCUCUCAGGCUUCCUGCACACCAAACGUCCAACAGGCUGCUCCAAACACAUGGGAUGGCAACAGUGUGUGGGAUUUACCUAUCGACUCCAUGGCACAGGCUCCAACCAUCGAGCAGAUGCAACAGUUAGAGAAGUCAAAGACUGCAAAGUUGGAGUUGGAGUUGGCGAUGGAGAGGCGUGAAGCAGAAAUGCGAGCCGAAAGGGAGGAAGAGGAGAGGAAACGGCUAAAGGAGGCCCUGAGGGCCCGACAGGAGGAGGAACGCAAACGCUUGGAAGAAGAGGAGCUGGCACGGCAAAAACAGGAGGAAGCAUUAAGACGGCAGCGAGAGCAAGAGGAGGCACAGCGCAGACAAAAAGAGGAAGAGGAGAGAAUGGCACAAGAGGAAGCUCUCCGUAGAUUAGAGGAGAGGCGGAGGGAAGAGGAGGAGAGAAAGAAACGAGAAGAGUUCCUUCGGAAACAGGAAGAGGAGCGCAGGAAGCAGGAGGAACUUGAAGCAUUGAGGAGGCACGAGGAGGAGAAGCGAGCAGAGGAAGAGGCAGCUGCCGCAGCAGCCGCAGCUGCUCUGGCCCAACAACAAUUGGAGGAGCAAAAGAGAAGAGAACAGGAGGCCCAAAGACAGCAGGAGCUGCAGAGACAGAGGCAGCAGCAACAAGAGGCCCUCAGGAGACUUCAACAACAGCAGCAGCAGCAGCAGCAGCUUGCACAAAUGAAGCUUCCAUCCUCUUCAAAGUGGGGCCAUCAGUCGGUCAACGCUAUAAACCAGACUCAGAGCGCCCUGUCACUGGCUGAGAUCCAGAAACUGGAAGAGGAGAGAGAACGACAGGCGCAGGAGGAGCAGCGACGUCAGCAACAGGAGCUCCUGAAGCUGCAGCAGCAGCAGGCCUUGCAAAUGGCUCAGCAGCCCCAGGCUAAGCUGUCUGGUUGGGGUAGUGUGGCCAAGCAGCCAGCUGCUACCAAAUCUUUGCUGGAGAUUCAAAGGGAAGAAGCCCAGCAGAUGAAACAGCGGAAGGAGCAGCAUCAGCAGCAACAGCAGCAGCAGCCGCAACCACACCCCAUCGUCAGCCAACAGAUCCGCACUCAAAACAGAACUACGCCAUCUCUGAGUAACUCGGUGUGGGGGUCUGUGAACACCAGCACUAACUGGGGCUCAGACUCCAGCAGUAUCUGGGGUGACACCCACAACUCAAACAUGGGCUUCUGGGACGAGGCUGUGAAAGAGGCUGUCCAGCAACCUCCUCCAACCAAGAAAAGCAGCACGCAAAAGAAUAACAAAGGCAACGCCAACCUCAGUAACUCUGUGAGUGGGCGGGCCAAUAAGAAAGUAGAAGAGGAGGAGAAGCUGCUAAAGUUGUUUCAAGGGGUCAAUAAGAGCCAGCAGGACACCUUCAUGCAAUGGUGUGAGCAAACCCUGCACACUCUCAACACAGCCAACAAUCUGGAUGUUCCAACGUUUGCAUCCUUCUUGAAAGAAGUGGACUCUCCAUAUGAGGUGCACGACUACGUCAGGGCCUAUCUGGGGGACACUCCCGAGGCCAAGGACUUUGCCAAGCAGUUCCUGGAACGUCGUGCCAAACAGAACGCUAACCAACAGAAACCGGCACAGCAGAACCAACAGCAAUCCCUCAAGCAGCAGCAGGAUUCUGUAUGGGGUGGAACAGGCUCAUCGUCACUCUAUCAGUCCAACCACACGAGUGCUCAGCAGCAGCGAUUUGAGACCGUCACCUCAGGGAAGAAGAAAAAGAAGCAGAAGAUGGUCCGCGCAGACCCCAGCCUUCUAGGUUUUUCUGUGAAUGCGUCAUCUGAGAGAUUGAAUAUGGGAGAGAUUGAGACUUUGGAGGACUUUUAAGGGACUGCAGCCAAGCAAACCCCACUGACUGUAUCCGAUUUGAACAGCAGCUGUUUUACCCGAACCCCCUGCCACGGCCCCUCGACUGCUUCCACAACUUUUAUCUUUAUUUACAGUUUCACAUUUAUCAGAUGUACUCUGGUAAUCCCUCAUAAAUUUUGAAUUGUGAACAAACUGUGACCUAUAAGACAGGGUGUUUUCCUUCUGCUUACGGACUUAAAAUCUGAUGAAAACCCUCGAGAGAAAUGGACUGGAGCAAACUGGCCAGUGAAACAUCCGACCAGCCAAGAGAGCAAUCAUCAGAAAACUCAAGUUUCUGGAGAAAGUCUGCAGAGGCGCUGGUGUCUGUCGGGCAUCAGCUGCUUGGCCCCGAAUUAUGUCCGGAAAUUCAGUGACAACAAAUUUCAAAUUUGGCCUCCAUUGUAUGGGAUUUCUUUAAAGUGUGGAUAUAUGGGUGGGGUGGUUGGGUAUUAUUGGAAAGGUUAGAGAGAUUAUAUCCAUUUUGUUUUUGUUUUAUUUAUUGAAAGUUUUCCCCGUUACACUUUAAUCCCCCUCCUCUCCUCUUUCCCUCCCUGUUUUCUGCUGGGUGUUCAUGGAUAAUGAUGGCAAAGUAGAGCCCAAGGAUUCGUGCCCACUUAUGUCCUGUUUUAAGGACAUGUCAAAAGUUCCAAGUAGUUAUCUAUUUCUUGUAAAAUACUAGGCUGUUUAAAGAAUAAACUUUCAAUUCUG